AUGACUAAGUUCCUUCGCUUUGAUUUUUUUAUUAGAGCCUCAAGAUGUCUUUUUUCAGAAGCAGAAGAAUUAAAAUAUGAAAAAGAGAAUGAACCUGAUUUAUCCGAACCAUCAUUCAUAAAAAACUUUUUAUCAGAGAAUCCGUUUAAAAUUGAAGAUAAAUUAGGCUCUAAUGAAGUUGCACUAACGAGAGCAUUUGGAAAUGAAAAGAUUCGAUUACUUUUUGAUAUUAAUACAUCAGAACAACAAGCAGAACCAAUUUCACUUAGUGGUGACGAAGAAGAGGAUGAUAGUGAAAUAGAUCCUGGUAAAGGUGCAUUGGGAUUCGAGUCAAUAAUCGCCGAUGGUGUUUUCCUUAUAAACUAUGUAUCAUAUUAUCAAGAUGCCAAAUUAGCUGGUGAUUGGACAGCUGAGGCUGAUUGGAAGAGGAGAGGCUAUUAUCCUGGUCCAUCAUUUGAAACUUUGGAUAAUGAUGUCCAAGUUCUCUUCGAAAAAUAUUUGGAAGAACGUGGUAUAAAUACAGCUGUGGCACUUUUCAUUUCUAAUUAUGUUGAAUAUAAAGAGCAAAAGGAGUAUAUGAAAUGGUUGGAAAACGUCAGGAAAUUUGUCGAUGUGCCAUAG